CCGCGAUGCGGGCCCGGCUGCUGCGCGCCUGCCGCGAGGGCGUGAGGGCGGCGGGGCCGCCAUGGCGGGUCCUGUUCUUCGGCACCGACCGCUUCGCCGUGACCACCCUGCGAGCCCUGCGGGCCGCCGGGGAGCCCAGCGAGGAGUCGCUCGUGUCCCGGCUGGAGGUGGUGACCCUGCCCUCCCGCCUGGCCCGGGACCUGCCCGUCAGGAGCUGUGCCAGGGAGCUCCAGCUGCCUGUGCACGAGUGGCCGCACACGGGACCCGCGGGGCAGUUUGAUGUGGGUGUGGUGGCAUCUUUUGGACGUCUUCUAAGCGAGGAGCUCAUUCUGCAGUUCCCAUAUGGGGUGCUGAAUGUCCAUCCCAGCUGUCUCCCACGAUGGCGUGGUCCUGCACCCAUAGUCCACACAGUGCUUCAUGGUGAUAAGGUGACUGGGGUGACAAUUAUGGAAAUAAGACCAAAAAGGUUUGAUGUAGGUCCAAUUAUUAAGCAAGAAGAGGUUGCUGUUCCUCCCCGCUGCACGGCACAGGAGCUGGAAGGGAUGUUGGCAAAGAUGGGGGCUGACAUGCUGUUAGCAGUUUUGAAGAACUUGCCUGAAAGUUUAAAAAAUAAAAAAGAGCAGCCAAAAGAAGGAGUAACAUUUGCUCCUAAAAUCUCUAUAGCGAAGAGUUGUAUAAAAUGGGAAGAGCAAACAGCUGCACAGAUAAUUCAGCUGCAUCGUGCAAUAGGGAGUAUGUUUCCUUUGCAGACACUCUGGAAGGGUACUACCAUUAAACUUCUGGAUUUUGUGGAAGUGGAUAAUAUCCCUGGUUUUUCUGAUCAAAUACAAAAUGACUGUGAAGUUGUUCCUGGUUCAGUGUUGUUCCAUAAAAUGUCCCAAACAUUGAUAGCUCGCUGCAAGGAAGGCUGGGUUGGAAUCAAAACAGUUGUUUUAAAGAAGAAGCUUACAGCAGUUGACUUCUACAAUGGAUAUAUGCACUCUUGGUUCCAGCAGAAUCCAAGAACAGUUCAUCAGGAAUGCAGAUUUCAAACACUCAAACUUAGCAUGGCAAAAAAGACUCUGAAAGAGAGGGGAAUAUUGGCACAGGAUAUAAAGCAAUAAAUGUAUUUCUUUAAUGUCUGUAAGUUAAUAUAAAAUAUUUCAAAGCCCAACUAUAACAGUCAACUUAAUAAGGGGAUUUCUUCCCAUAGUGUUUGAUCUUAUUGUCAUCUACAUGUUUUCAUGGUGGGUUCCUGAAGAUACUUGUUCUCUUUCCCCAUUAAGGAAGAGAAUCUCCAUGAGUGCUGUAGAUAUUGAAUAAAUCCCUGUUUCCACUGUUGAGAAAUAAAUUUAUUUUUAUACAAUAUUUUCAGGGGGUUUUUUUGAGGACUUUGGUAUAAUUUUCUUCAGGUGUAAGUUUUGGACAAUUACUUUAAUCUGGAAAUACUAAAAUCCAGUGAGCUUUUUUAAUGCUCACUGGGACUUAGACUGUAGUUUGAUAUUCUUGUGAAUCCUAAAAUUCACUUUGUAUCCCUGCAUUGAGGUGAAUAACUUAGCUGGGAACAUAAGAGAACCUUUCCCUGUCCCUCACAAUUUUCUUCCCUCUCCUUUCUGUUUUCAUGUCCUCAGAUACAUCUCAUUUAAAAUUUUUGUGCCCUCCAUCCAGAAAGUUUUUGUUCUGCUAUUUCACUUUCUGGUGGGAGAGGUUUUCACCUGAUGUGGAGUUAAUCUAAUCCAAGAUUUUCCUCAAUCUGUCUUUGCUUAAUGGCAUAUACAAGAAAUAUUUCAUGUCAAGAACCCCAAAACUUUUGAUUCUUACACUUUCUUGUCUUAGAAGAGGUAAUAUAGCACUGAGCAUAGCAGCAGAGCAAAGACUGGCUGUAUCUUAGGAGCUCUUCUAGUAUUUGCUAAUUUUUUCCUCCUUUUUCUGAGUUCUACUGAAGUAAAAGCAAAAAAUCUAGAAAAAUGUCAUAUCACAAGGAUUAAAAUGUUUCUGAAGAA